AACUUGAACUAAGUUCAAGUUGAGCCAACUCACUUCAGACGACAACAGUGUGCCGCUCUACUCAUCGAAUGAACCUUUCCAUCAUGAGGGCGUUCAACCACGGAGCGCUGAAAUCGCGGAUGUCACUAACAUCCCAAUUGCUGGCAUUUACGAUGCCGCCCUUCAAAUGGACGUUCAAUAAUACUGCCGUGCUGGCACAACAUCUUUGCGUAGUGGUACCAGGACGUUCUCAACUCGCCCUCCACAUUAUCAAGAUCCUCCAGGAUCUGACGAAGUUUGGCUUGGUGGCGUUCCUAUAGGGGGAGAGACAAUGCCAGAACAACCAGUUUUUGUCACGCCGCUCAUUGGUCUCGUUGAAUUCGCUCUGGCCAGGUAGAAGAUGACAUUUUUCGUUCGAGAUGGCAGAUGCGUCUCUGUUGCCAACUGCCAGCCUUCAGAUUUCAACAAAAAUUCGCAUUGCUCAGAUCAUUUGUUGGGCACUCUUUCGGGAUUCUUUCGAGGUCUAUCCGAGCAUACUGGUUGAUCGUUUAAAAUCUUUGACGACAACGAAAUACACACUUUCACAUGGAUUUUUUUUGGCAGCGGUUUCAUUUAUUGCAUACAUACACGCGUACCUUCGUUAUGUUUCUGGCCCGACGAAGCCGCCUAAUUAGAGCGGUGUAUGUGGACCUGAUGUCGUACACAUCCGCACAGAAAGACCUUUGCAGCUUCACAUCUCAGGCCCCUUCGUAGCAAAAUCGCAUAACCGCCUACUAAUCCUGAACCAGGACUUGAUUUCUCUCUCAUAUCAAUUCUUCGACGGUCUCUGGUUUUUUCCUGCCCGAUCAUUCAAAACGUCACUGUCCUCCGCGGCUGACGUCCCUCCAAAGAGACGCCGCGAUCAAAGUUCCUUCUAUUUCAACUCUCCAUCUCUAAAACGUACCCAAGAGUCUAUGUCUAUAAUGGCGCAUUUAUUUCGUAGGGAUGGAUGUCGAUAUGUUGCGUCCUCUUUGGACCCAACUUCAGCCAUUUUGAACCUACCAAUUAGCAUUUCCCCUCUGUAUGACUUCUUGUCACGGGAAGGGAUUGUACGAUCAUCAGCCCUUGUGCCCUGAGUAGGCAUAAGGGCUGAUGAUCGUACGUACAACCCCACCCUCUUCCACAUCCUUCCAUCUUUUCCACAGGAGCCUUUCAACGCCAUUCACCAAGAAGUUGCUCAUAUAGCGAGCGUAUCCUCUAAAUUAAUGCAGAGGCCGAGAGGCCACGAGGAUGAAGAUACCACUGGUUGUUCAGACAGUAUGGUUGCAAGAAGUGACAGUGAUCAAUAUCCUGAAACUUGAAGAGGUCUUAUAAUCCCUGCACAUCCCCUUAUCUCACCCCGCCUUCCCAAUCUCUCCAGUAAUUGUAGAGUGGGGGUCCUCUUGACACCAUUGUGUUCUGCAUCAGCAUGCCUCCGCUACAUUCGCCUUGGUUUUUGACAAUCGAAGAGGGGACCACCGAAACACUGCGUCUUACCGUGUCACCGACUGAUAACAUAACCAGCAUCACCCCUCCUUCUAGCAUGACCCCCACUGAGCAACCUUCUACCACAAGCUCCAUCCCGGAGCCUCCCACGGUCACUACUACAACCUCCAUUACGGACCCUCCUGCCACAUUCCCUACCACAGAGCCUCCCUCUAUGCCACCUCCCUCCUCAGAGCUCCCUACGAUGUCCCCUACAGUGGAUCCUCCCACCGCGCAGCCUCCUACGACACAGUCCACUCCUCUACCACCUACCCUUUUCCCCACCGAUCUGCCUCUCUCCACCUCUACCAUUUUGAGUGUUACAAGCAAUACACCCACGACGUUUCUGCCGACCUCACUGACACCAGACCAUUUCUCCAUCUCGGCGACUACACUGACGCUUACCCCUGGUUCAAUUACUUCGUCGUCCUUGUUGAUUACACCUACAGGUGGAAACAUAAUUUCCCCAGUACGCCCGCGUACCUCGCUCGGUACAGCGACGUUAGCUGCCAUUACGCUUGGUAUCAUCGUAUUCCUGCUGGCCACAUUCUGUAUCUGCGCUGUCCUCCGCAGGCGGAAGAGGAGGGCAGACAUGCAAGGUCUUACCAAUCCUCUGAUAAUAGACUCGAGCGCCGGGGCCACCUGGCCCAGUAUGAGUGGUGCCAAGGAACCUUUGAUGGGCUCGCAACAUGAGGAUACACCUCAAGCGCAAUUCAGGUCUACUGGGGUACAUACCACCGACUCGCAGGAUGGCGUGGAUAUCCAACGAUUUACGUAUGGAACCUCACAUCUCGAACGGACUCCCGAAACAGAUCGAACUAUAAACUCGGCAUACUAUGAUGGUCCAGAUAGUCACGCAAUCAUUCCGCAUCCCCGCGCGACGUUAUACUCACCAAACCGCUCCCAAAUUGACAAUGCUCCGCAGCGUAGUACUCCAUCAACGUGGAGUCCAGUUAGUGGUGCAACCGUCAGGACUCUAGGGCGUUCGAUGACCCUCGCCAGCCUUGGUACUAUGUCUUCACAUAGUAACAGGAGCUCCAUAACCCAACCCCCUUGUUAUAAAGAUACCCCGGCAUCUGAUGAAGUCCGACUUGCUGGUGGGCCAAUUAGGAGAACGACAGCGGGAGAAGUAGCUCGCGACAGUGCAGCUCGUUAAUCUGAUGUUUUGUCUCCAUUCUUUGCGAUCCUGAUGCUCCUCGGGUUCGCCUGCCAGUAUAAUUCUAUUUACAUGUCAUACGUCGUGUACGUAUUAUGUCGU